AUGUCGCCGAAACCCUCCCACUUUAAUACGAUUCUCACCAAGUCACUCUACACCUCAUUCAAUCUAGUCCUCGCCCAGACUGCCUACAAUACACCAGAUGGAGGGAUGUCGACGUCUCUCGGCAAUCCCUUUGCAAACACUCUGCAAUAUGUCAACCCAAGCUAUGGAGCACUCGUCAACCAGUCCAUUUCGCUACACUCGGACAAUUCCACUCGUGUGGCUCUCUACCAGAAGGUCGCGACGUACCCAACGUUUGUAUGGAUACCUUCACUCGCUUCAAUUUCAACCAUAUCUCGACAUCUCAGCAAUGCAGCCACUCAAGCAAACGGAAUGCCAAUUGUUGUUUCGUUUGUUAUUUACAAUAUUCCUGGUCGUGACUGCUCAGCUCUUGCCUCAGUCGGCCAAAUCCCACCUGGCGCACUCGACCAAUACAAGACCCAGUAUAUCGACCCCGUGUUUGCCCAACUGGCCCUGAAACAACCCAACAUCAACCUCGUGCUAAUCAUUGAACCCGACGCACUCCCCAACCUCAUUGCCAACAACUGUACCGCCUCAGCCACCUACCCUUCUGCAAUUGCAUACGCAGUUUCCAGAUUCUCUGCACUACCCAACACAUCUAUCUACCUUGACGUUGGAAGUGGGGCGUGGUUGGGAGGCCAAGUCUUGACGCAGGGCAAAAUCGCUCCUGUAAUCCUCAGUGUAAUGGUUUUGGCAACAGCUAUCAAUCCCAAUGCUUCCAUUCGAGGAUUUAGUAGCAAUUUGGCUAAUUUUAACCCGUUUAAUGGUAACGGUGCUUGUCCUGCAAAGCAGUAUUGUCCAUUGGUUAAGGGAGCCUAUAACGGAAAUAGAGGGAUUGAUGAGAAUGUUUAUACGUCGACAUUGAAUGUUGCUCUCGCUGCUGUUGGACUGCCUACUCGCUGGUUGGUUGAUACAAGUCGUUCUGGUCAAAUCGGAGUUCGCACGUUCUUGGGCUCUUGGUGCAACAUCCAAGGCGCUGGACUCGGUGACCGUCCAACAUCCAACCCAGCUUCCCAAGUGGAUGCUUUCGUCUGGGUCAAACCUCCUGGCAACAGUGAUGGUGCUAGUUCCGGAGCUGGUGUUGAUCCUCACUGUGUUCCAACCAACCCUGUUGGUAUUGAUGCUUUAGGCGGAGCUCCGGCUGCCGGUGCUUGGUUUGACGGACACUUUGCCAUGUUGACGGAUAAUGCGUCUCCGCCGGUUUCGGUUACGGUGUCUAGGUUAUCGGCUAGAUCUGCUCGCUCUAAAGCAGUCAUUGAAGCUCGUCAAGCUUGA